AUGAGCUGGCGCUGCGGGCCGGGCUCAGUUUCUCCCUGGGGACGGCAAACGCCGCCAGGCAGCGAGCGAUGCCCCCGGCAGUGCCUGUGCCGCGCCCGGCCCUGCCCCCCCCCCCCGCUGGAUGCUCCCCUGUCUCCCUCUCGUCACCGCCCCUCGCUGCUGCCCCGCGCGCUGAUUGGUCAGAAGCCGCUCCCACAUCGGCUCUUCCCGCGGCACCGGCCCGAGUCAGCUCCAGUGCCUGGUGGGCUGCGCUGCAGUACAAGACUCAAUCGGCUCCGCCGCCCGGAGUCCGUCCCGCGGCACCACCGGCAGUGCCCGCUGUGUCUGGCCGGGACCGGAGCGGCGACGGACGGAGGCGGCUGCUCCGUGCCCGGCACCGUUCCCGCCCGUGCGGCACCGGGCUCGGGGCCGCUGCUGGGGCGGGAGGUGUCCGUGCCCGGCUCGGGGCUGGCACGGCAUGAACUUGAACCCAGUGCCUCAGAGCCCAAAGCGCUGCAGGCGCCGAAGAGUGCAGAUGUGGAGAAUGGAUUCUGCACCAGGGAUGGGAGUGUGAGGGAGCCCCUGGCUCCCCAGGACACAGCAGCAACCAACAAUGAACACAAAAGGAGCCUCAGAAGAUUCCUGGGUGAACGGUUCAGGUGCCAUCCCGUGGGCACGGCGGUGCUGAUUCUGCUGUUCCUGGUGCUGGUGCUGGCUUUGGGGGCGGCCUUGGCUGUGCUGGCAGGUAAGGGAGGGGCAGCAGCGUGGGCCCAGCCCCUCGGGGCAGAGCGGGCUCCCUGCUCCCUGCACAGGGGAAUCCUCAGAGCUUCUCCUCUUCCCCCUGCAGCACCACAGCUUCCAGUCACACCUGCGACUCCGCUGUUGGUUCUGGGCUGUCCCCAUGACUGGGUUGGCUACAAUGGGGUCUGCUACUACUUCUCACGGGAUUACAGCACGUGGGAGCAGGGUCAGGAACGGUGCUCCGAGCUCAAUGCCUCCCUGGCCAUUGCCCAGGAUGAGGAGGCCAUGGUGAGUGAGGGGCUGCGGGCGGUGUGGGGUGGCUGAGGGCAGCCUGGGGGCGCUCCUGGGCCGGGCUCGGUGCUCGCAGGGCCGGGGCUGCAGCCCUGGGCCGGGGCCUUGCAGGGAAGGAGCCCCGGCGUGCGGGGGCAGCCCCGGGCACGUGUCCCCCCGAGGGGCCGGGGCAGCUCCCACUCCUCUCUCCUGGGCAGG